AUGGGACGGGUAAAUGCACCCCACAGGGCAUCGGGUUCCUCGGCCUCGAGGAGCUCCUAUCAUCCUGACUCUGUGCCCUCCCGCCCAUUGUUGACAGGAGAUCCCUGGACCGCCUUCAACACUGGAUGGUCAACCGCCGAAGGGUACGAUGAUGAUGGAGCACUGCGCAAUUCUUGGAAAGCCUUUGCCAUCUCUUGUCACCAACAAAUCCGCAAUCUUGUACAGGUUUAUUUCGAGAUCGUCUAUCCCAUAUUUCCUUUGUUUCACAAACAAUCAUUUAUAGAAAGAAUUAACAACCAAGAGCAUCUACAAAGUCAGAGUUUGUUUGCCUCGACAAUGGCUGUCUGUUCAUUGGUGUCAGGUCGUGCCCGUGAUGGGGCUUUGUACACUAACCGAUGGCAUCGAGAGGAGCUGUCCGAACCACCUUCAGAGGCAUUUUAUGCAGCAGCUAAAGACUCGCUUCCUCGAGAUCUUGCUGCUGCCAAGGGCUUCAACUAUAUGCGCGCCUGUGCAAUAUUGGCCAUUGCCAGCAUUCAAAAUGGACAAAUCAAAAAUAUGCAGAAAUAUUCCGGCAUGUAUCAUACAUUAACGACAAUGGAAGGUUUUCAUGAUGAGAAGCUCUGGCCAAAGGAUAUAACCACUAUUGAGAUUGAAGAAAGACGAAGAUUGUUCUGGUCAAUAUAUACUCUCGACAUCUACUCCACGAUUGUGUGGGGUGGUGUAAUUCGAUACCGUGAAGCUCAUUCCCUUGUCCGAUACCCCAGUGAGGUAGACGAUGAAUUUAUUACACAUCAAGGCUACGGCAUGCCUCCUGUGUCUCCCGAAUCAUCUGCUCUUAGCCAGGGCGAAGUCCCGGUCGUGUCACGGCAGCCUGUAUCUUGGAUGCAUGGUUGGAACUUCACUACAGACCUCUAUCGCAUUCUUGAACAUGUCGUUGAUGGUACUCGACGCAAAUUCUCAUCAGCGAAUGGCACACAGGAGGUCUGGUCUCUUUUCAGUCCAGCUUCCAUGUCGGAGCCAGCAGUCAUGGAGCGAGUGCUUUCCAUGUAUGCUGCACUACCAUCACAAUUUCGAGAGACGCCUCCCACGACUGGUGACAUCAGCCAGGAUCUGUUUGGUUUUCAGUCUGCAAACAUCCAGGCAACCUUGCAACUUCUCCGCAUGGAGAUUGGGGUAGACAGAAAAUGUGACGUCGCUGGUGAAUUAUUGAGUGUGUUUUCAAAGGUGCCGGUGGAGUACUUGAAAGCAAUCAGUUCACCUCUGCUCCACCAUUUAGGAGGAAUUGGCUACAUUCUCGGUUCUGUCAUGGAGGGUAGCCUGUCGGAUGCGUCAUACCAACGCGUUCGAACCCUACUGCUCGAAAUGGCCAGUCUUCUCCAUCGUCUUGAAGUCGGUCUCCAUCGUGCCGCGGGUGCCAGUGAGCGUCUUCGAUCACAGGUGGAUCGAAUCGAUGGCUACAUGCGCACUUCAAGAUUACUGAACAUAUCAGCCAUUCCUCCACUAUCCGCUGCACCAAAUGCCCUGAAUGGAACAUCUAAUCCGAAUGAUGUAAAGCAAGAGCCUGCAAUUCCCCGAGUGGCUUACAUUCACAGCGCUCCAGCCCCUCCAGUUGGGGCAGGACCCAUGGCAAACCAGAUGAUGCAGUUUCAAUUACCACCUGAACUACUGGCAGAUUGGCCAUGGCCAUUGGAUAAUUCUCACUCUGAGGGAUUUUUACCAUUGGCAUUUGAAUAG